CGGAGUAUGAUGGCGGUGCGGAUGAGGCAGACCGUACAGGCCGUUCAUCUUGAGUCUGACGCUUUCCUGGUUUGUCUCAACCACGCACUGAGCACAGAGAAGGAGGAAGUAAUGGGUCUGUGUAUAGGGCAGUUGAGUGAUGAUACGAGGAGUGACUCCAAGUUUCCAUACGCUGGGAAUGAAACGAACGCAAUGGCGGAAAAGAUGGAUGCCAUCAGAAUCGUUCACAUUCGUUCUGUCAUCAUCUUGCGACGUUCUGACAAGACAAAGGACCGAGUAGAAAUUUCUCCGGAACAACUCUCUGCAGCCUCGAUAGAGGCAGACAGGUUAGCAGAACAAACAGGUCGUCCCAUGAGAGUUGUUGGCUGGUACCAUUCCCACCCUCAUAUAACCGUUUGGCCUUCUCACGUCGAUGUCCGUACACAAGCCAUGUACCAGAUGAUGGAUCAAGGCUUUGUAGGACUGAUUUUUGCUUGUUUCAUAGAAGACAAAAGCACAAAGACUGGUCGCAUACUCUAUACUUGUUUCCAGUCCAUGCAAGCACCAAAGAGCUCAGAAUAUGAGAGAAUUGAAAUCCCGAUCCAUAUUGUACCUCGUACCACCAUUGGGAAAGUUUGCCUCAAAUCAGCAGUAGAGCUGCCGAGGAUCUUAUGUCAGGAAGAACAAGAUGCCUACAGGAGGAUUCACGGCCUUACGCAUCUGGACUCAGUAACCAAGAUCCAUAACGGCUCAGUGUUUACCAAGCAUCUGUGCAGUCAGCUGACUGCAGUCUGCGGGCCUCUACUGCAGUGGUUGGAGGACAGACUAGAGCAAAACCAGCAGCAUUUGCGGGAGCUGGAGCAAGAAAAGGAAGGCCUCAUGCAGGAGCUGCGUUCCCUCAAAUAAAGCAGGAGGACAAAAAUGGGCAGAUGAAAAUACCUUGCAUACAAUUUAUAAACUUAAUUAAUUUCAAAGAAG